GGACUGCCAGCUACAGUAACUCACAGGUGAACAGCAGGCGUCAGUCCACCCUGCUCUCCUCUCCCGUCCACUGCCGCUGCUGCCACGCAGACACAAACACGAGCGGCGGAAAAGCUCACGACUCACCACGAAUAACCAACCGCACGACUUCCAAACACAUUUGAGUAGAAAAAAAAUCUCUUGACUUGACCUGAAAAUCUGCCGAUUUAAAAGGACACGAGUAACGCGCAGCUACAGAGGAACUCUUAAUAAAUGAGCUGAAGUGUCUAAAGGAUUUUUUCUCUCUCCGGUCUCCUGUUGGCGUGCAGGAACGACGCGUGCUUCACUGGACCCGGCCAGAGAAUUCGCAGGCUGAUGAAACACUUUGCCAAUCCCUUUUCUUUGCUUUACUGCAACCCAGCGAGAAACCUGCUAAACAUCACAGUAGUGCAGUGGUGAUGGACCUUCGUUUUGACACCUUGGUUAUGCACGGGUUUCAAUUACCAUGCUUUUGCAUGCCUGCUUUUGUGAAAUGCAUCUCUUCUGCUCGCAGUCCCUGCUCGUCUGACUUUUUUAAAGAGCGGCGGAUGCUCAAAAUGCGUCUCCAUCUGUCUGCGUGAGGGAUGGCGACCAAACCGCGCCAAGUCCAAGAGUGGUUAUCUACACGUUCGCACCUGUUCGGUUGGAUAAUGACACUUUAUGCCACAGGUGAAUGAAUUUCGGCUCAGUUUCUCCUAACAGUGUUUUGAAGCUGUUUUUCUGACUCCGACAUUCUGAUCGAGCUUGUUGCACAGUGGCAAUGGAUCUCAAAGUAGAAACCGAAGAAAUGGACACAAAUCAACCUCCACCCAUAGAAGUUUUCGCGCACAGCUCGACUCUGCACGGAAUCUCUCACAUUUUCACAUACGAGCGGCUCUGCAUCAAACGCUGCCUGUGGGUCGUGUUUUUCUUGGGGUCUCUGACCUUCUUGCUGUACGUGUGCGUGGACCGGAUCCACUUCUACCUCGAGUACCCGCACGUCACCAAACUGGAUGAGGUCACGACCCCGAUCAUGACGUUUCCAGCGGUCACCUUUUGCAACCUGAACGCGUUCCGCUUCAGCCAGGUGACGCGCAAUGACCUGUACCACGCAGGGGAGCUGCUGGCCCUGCUCAACCAUAGGUAUGAGAUCAGGGACAUACAACUUGUGGAGGAGAGCGUCCUGGAGAGCCUAAAGGUCAAAGCCGAUUUCCAUAAUUUCAAGCCGCGACCCUUCAACAUGCUGGAAUUCUACGACCGCACCGGCCACGAUAUCAACGACAUGCUGCUCGCCUGCCACUUUCGUGGCACCGAGUGCAGAGCGGAGGACUUCAAAGUGGUCUUCACUCGCUACGGGAAGUGUUACACCUUUAACGCCGGCGGUGAUGGACUCCCUCCCCUAUCUACCACCAAGGGAGGUAUGGGUAAUGGACUCGAGCUCAUGCUGGACAUUCAGCAGGAUGAAUACCUGCCUAUCUGGGGAGAAACAUAUGAGACUUCAUUUGAAGCUGGGGUCAAAGUUCAGAUCCACAGUCAGGACGAGCCGUCCUUCAUUGACCAGCUUGGGUUUGGAGUGGCGCCCGGGUUUCAGACGUUUGUUUCCUGCCAGGAACAGAGGCUGAUAUAUCUUCCCCCUCCCUGGGGAGACUGUAAGGUGACGGCCAUGGAUUCAGACUUCUUUGACAGUUACAGCAUCACAGCCUGUCGCAUCGACUGUGAAACACGCUACCUGGUGGACAACUGCAACUGUCGCAUGGUGCACAUGCCUGGCGAUGCUCCCUACUGCACCCCCGAGCUGUACAAAGAAUGUGCUGACCCAGCUCUUGACUUCCUGGUGGAGAGAGACAAUGAUUUCUGUGUGUGUGAGACGCCGUGCAACAUGACCAGAUACAGCAAAGAGCUGUCUUUCGUCAAGAUCCCCAGCAAGGCCUCCGCUAAAUAUCUGGCCAAGAAAUACAACAAAUCUGAGCAUUAUAUUAAAGAGAAUAUUCUGGUUUUAGACAUCUAUUUUGAGGCUCUCAACUAUGAAACUAUUGAACAGAAGAAGGUUUAUGAAGUGGCUGGACUUUUAGGUGAUAUCGGUGGUCAGAUGGGACUUUUUAUCGGAGCAAGCAUACUCACCAUUCUGGAGCUUUUUGACUACCUUUAUGAGGUGAUAAAGUACAAGUUGUGUCGCUGCUCCGAUAAGAAGCACAACAACAACAACAACAACAACGACCAGGGGACGGUCCUGAGCUUAGACGACGUCAAGUGUCACGUCAGCAACUUUCAUUAGGCCUCUGUAGCCGCGAGGAGGGAGCCGCUGCACUCUCUCGUCUCUGAGUGCUUUCAUCGACUUUGUGCGUUGCAGUUUUUCAGACUGCAGGAGCAAACAGAGCAAAGUGUCUUCAACUGUGCCUGGUAACGGUUUGUGGAAACAGCAUGUGGCUGAAGUGAGGAGAAGCAACACAGACAGCAGGACAGCAGAACGUGACGAAUUCAUAAAUGUCUGAAUAAGUGCAUGGUCAUCUGUAAACAGCUUCUCAAGACUAAGUAACAGUUACAGUAAAUGGGAGCAUUAACUGAGCUGAGGUUUAUAUGUGUUCAGUAAAUCAGCAUUAGAAUUCCCAGCUGUGUGGUGGUGUUUGUCAUUUGUCAAUCUGAAGGAUGUCUUUGUAAAAUAAUUGAUGUGAAAGUUUUCUUUUUUUAACUCACAAAAUGUUAUUUAUUAUUUUAUUUUUUUAAGUAUUUGAAUGUCAGUGCUGCACAUUCUUUUCACUUUUGCAUUUGAGGUUUGCUUUCAUCACCCUUUUGUGCUCGACUUUUCCACCAACUUUCUAUUUUUAUAUUCAUGUCAUCCGACUUUAUCCAUGUCUUUUCUUGUUAAAACCUGAGCAUUUUGCCAAUAUACUCUAUUACCUCAUCUUGUAGGGGGGCAGCGCCCUUAAUAAUUUACAGCAAAUUAUUAAUAAAAAAAAAGGUAAUUUCCAUGUUUAGAAAUGAGCAGAAUGUGUGCCCAGAUAGCGCAGUUGGUAGAGCAGGCGCACGUAUAUAGAGGUUUAGUCCUCGAUGCAGUGGUGCAGGGUUUGACUCUGACCUCAGCCCUUUGCUGCAUGUUGUUCCCUCUCUCUCUCUCUCUCUCUCUCUCCCCUUUCAUGUCUUCAUCUGUCCUGUCGGCAGAAUAGGUUGAAAAAAACAUCUGGCCUUAAAGCGAGUCCGCGUAACAGUUGCUGAGCAACAGUCAGAGGUCUUUUUAACAGAAGACAUUUUGACAUGUCACAGUAGGAAUAUCAAAGGUGUAAAUAAUUAAAUUAAUGAUGUCACACUGUCACAACUUUUACAGGGACCAGGGGCGUAGCACAAAAUUCUGGGCCCUGUAGAAAGGCAUUUUCUAUGGGCCCCUCCAUAAGAAAAAGAGUUUGACAUUUGGGAAAUGAGCUUAUUAGCUUUCUGGCAGAGAGAUGAGAAGAUGAGAAGAUUGAUACCACUCUCAUAAAAGAGUGGUAUCAAUCGUCUCAUCUGUCUCCACUAGAGAGCAAAAGGAUGUAUUUCCCAACAUUUUGAACUUUUGAUUUAAACACUUAGUAUUAUGAAGAACCUAAAGUUAAAUGAGCUACAACAAGAACUUUAAGAUGAAAAAGAUGGAUGGAUACACAGCAACAAAAUUAAAUGCACAAAAAACAUAUUAUAAACAAAUGUUUAAAAAGCCCUUUUCCAUGUGGUGCUACAUACUAUCUAAUUUGCCUUCAAAUUCCCUUAUAAUGACAAUCACUGUCCCUCGUAUUUACUGACAAGAUUUAAAAAAGGUUAUUAUUUAAGGGGCUGUCGUACAUUUGUACAUGUACGUAGAUGCUGUUCUUCACAUUUAAGGGAAUUUACAUUCGGUAAGAUAAAAUUAAUGAGAAUGUUGAAUGUGUCUUCUAGGGCUCUAAGUUGCAUGUAUAGCAGCACUAGCAGGCGUCUUAAAUGUGGUCCAUCGAUGAACAUGGUUGAAUCCCGUGAGCAUGUAUUUAUUUGUGCGUGUGUGUGCACCAAAUUCAGAAGCUGAUGAAGGAAAAAUUCGGAAUUCUGCCCUCAUAUCCAAAACACUGUAUUUGUUAUCAGUUAGUCUGUAAACAUGUCAGCUCUGGCGGUGCAUGUUUAUUCCGUGUCUAAUUUGACUCUGUUGACAGAAAUCAAACAAUAUUCUUUUGGCAUUAAUCUACUUGCACUUAUUCCCAAUGGGCUCAAUGAUAUUCUUAGCAGGAAAUGGGAAUUGUAUAGCUUAGCUGUGAAGUGUUAUUAUCAAGCACAAUCAUACCAUCAACUGUAAUGCAAUGUAAAUAUUGGCUAAUAAUCUUACGGUAUUAUCAUAGUCUUAUCUGUGUAAUGUUGUACUUGUAUUUAGCUGUGUCUCUUUUUCUGUGCAUAUGAUUGUAGGUUUUCUUUAUCAAAAGUAUAUUUAUCAAAAAUUUAAUUAUGCUUCUACUGUAUUUGUCAGUAAAUAAAAAUUAACAGCUGGAGUGAUUUCCAGCAUCCACUGCAUGAGCUCAUGCAUCUCAAUACAAGUCCUCUGGCCGCCAUGCUUUCAGGUUUUGUUUUAUUUUUGCCUCCAUUUUAAAAUUUUCAUUUUCAUUUUGAUGUAUGAAAGGAUGAUUAUUUUAGUCUGGUGAUAUAUAAAUAAAUUAUGAACUUAAAGCAGUUGUUAUAUUAGAGAUUAAAUGCUAACUUUAUGUUACUUUUAUUCAC